AUGAGAACUAAAUUGUAUCUCAAUGACUGUGGGCUGCAGAAUAGCCUCAACUUCAUUGGAACAAUUAAGCCUUUUCUCAUACUACCUCUGGUUAGUUCUUAUCGUUAUGAAGGAGACGAGGUCAACUUGAACCUGGCAAAAACUGAGGCAAAAUUGCUACAUGAGAAGAUUUCAAACAAGGCUUAUAAUGAUGACGACUUCAUCAGGAUCUUGGCCACAAGGAGCAGAGCACAGAUUAAUGCUACUUUGAACCACUACAAAGAUGCAUUUGGAAAAGACAUCAACAAGAACCUGAAGGCUGAUCCAAAGGACAAGUUCCUGUCUUUACUAAGAGCAACUGUGAAGUGCUUGAUUCGUCCGGAGAAGUACUUUGAGAAGGUUGUUCGGUUAGCUAUCAACAAGCGAGGAACCGAUGAAGGAGCCCUUACAAGAGUGGUGGCCACAAGGGCUGAGGUUGAUUUGAAAAUCAUAGCAGAUGAGUAUCAAAUGAGGAACAGUGUCCCUCUUGAACGUGCCAUUGUUAAGGACACAACUGGUGACUAUGAGAAAAUGCUUGUGGCGCUUUUAGGACAUGAUGAUGCUUGACAUAUUCCUUAGUGUAUCUGUGUCUACUUGUGGCAGAGGUACUACAUAGUGUGCAGUGUGCUGCUUUGUGGUUCAAUGUUGUUGUGUUUUCUGGCAAUUAUUGUCUUCUUAUGUUGAAUAAAAUGGACCACUUUGGCUCACUUUGGUGGGUUGUUGAAGCCCCUAGAAUUGAUUGUGUGCCAAACAUACAUGGAAUCCUGCAAUAUAUAUGUGGUUCAGAAUUUGAAAAUCAUUAGUGAGUUUA